AUGGCGGAGUUGGAGGAGGACGGGGCCAGCCUGCUGGAUCACGCGGCGGCCGAGGUGGGCGUGCAGGCGGCGGGGAAGACGCCCGGUGAGGGCUCGGUGUCUAACGGGGGCUGUGGCAUGUGCGAAGACAACAUGGUCGGUCAAGACAACGCCACCUCCGUGGAGCCCGACAAUAAGGCGGACAUGCCCCGCAGGAGCAGCAUCAUCAAGGAUUCCUCGAGACAACGGAAGGAGAGGAAGAAGACUGUGUCGUUCAGCAGUAUGCCCACCGAGAAGAAGAUGAACAGUGCCAGCGACUGCAUCACUGCCAUGGUGGACGGGUCUGAGCUGAAGAAGGUGCGCUCCAACUCGCGGAUCUACCACCGCUACUUCCUGCUGGACGCCGACAUGCAGUCCCUGCGGUGGGAGCCCACCAAGAAGGAGUCGGACAAGGCUAAAAUCGACGUCAAGUCCAUCAAGGAGGUUCGCACGGGGAAGAACACGGACACUUUUCGAACUAACGGAACCUACGAUCAGAUCUCUGAGGACUGCGCUUUCUCGAUUAUCUUUGGCGAGAACUACGAGUCCUUGGACUUGGUGGCCAACACUGCAGACGUAGCUAACACCUGGAUUACGGGCCUGAGGUACCUGAUCUCCUACGGGAAACAUACACUGAACAUGAUCGAGAGCAGUCAGAAUAAUAUGCGUUCUUCCUGGCUCGGGGAACUUUUCAGCCAAGCGGACAGUAACAACAGUCAACAGAUAACAAUAUGCGCUGCUGUGCAGCUGGUCAAAAAGUUGAACCCGGGACUUAAAAACGUAAAAAUCGAGCUGAAGUUCAAAGAGCUUCACAAAGUUAAGGACAAGGUUGGCUCUCUGGUGACGAAAGACGAGUUCAUCGAGGUCUUUCAUGAUCUAUGUACCAGGCCAGAAAUUUAUUUUCUCUUUGUCCAGUUCUCUAGCAACAAGGAAUUUCUGGACACAAAGGACUUGAUGAUAUUCCUGGAAGCUGAGCAGGGCAUGGCGCAAGUCAGCGAGGACACCAGUGUGGAAGUCAUCCAGAAGUAUGAACCGUCCAAGGAGGGUCGGCUCAGAGGCUGGCUCUCUCUGGAUGGCUUCACCAACUAUCUUCUGUCUGCAGAGUGCCACAUAUUUGACCCCGAGCACAAAACUGUGUGCCAGGACAUGACCCAGCCGUUGUCCCACUACUACAUCAACUCUUCUCACAACACGUACCUAAUAGAAGAUCAGUUCAGGGGCCCAUCUGACGUGACGGGGUAUAUCCGUGCUCUCAAGAUGGGCUGUCGCAGCGUGGAGCUGGACGUUUGGGACGGACCUGAGAACGAGCCCGUGAUUUACACUGGUCACACCAUGACCUCUCAGAUCGUCUUUCGGAGCGUCAUCGAUGUGGUCAACAAGUACGCUUUUGUGGCAUCAGACUUUCCGCUGAUCCUGUGUUUGGAAAACCACUGCUCAUUGAAGCAGCAGAAGGUAAUGUUUCAGCACCUCAAAAAGAUUCUAGGAGACAAGCUCAGCCUGGAUCCCCCUAAACCUGACGAUUGCUACCUCCCGUCCCCCUCAGAUCUGAAGGGAAUGAUCCUGCUUAAGGGCAAGAAACUCGGCACUAACUGCACUGGAUCUGAAGGUGAGGUGACAGACGAGGACGAGGGGGCGGAGAUGUCACAGAGAAUGAGCAUUGACUCACCCGAACAACAGAUGGUCACGCCCAAAAACUUCCAGCUGUCAAAGGACCUUUCAGACCUUGUUACCUUGUGCAAGUCCGUGGAGUUCAAGGACUUUCCGACGUCAUUCCAGAGCCAAAAGCAUUGGGAGCUCUGCUCCUUUAACGAAGUUUUUGCUAGCCGCUGCGCAAGCGACUUUCCUGGCGAAUUUGUUAACUACAACAAGAAGUUUCUGGCACGUGUUUACCCCAGUCCUAUGCGGAUUGACUCCAGCAACAUGAACCCGCAAGACUUCUGGAAAUGCGGUUGCCAGAUCGUGGCAAUGAACUACCAGACUCCCGGUCUUAUGAUGGAUUUGAACAUUGGCUGGUUCCGUCAGAACGGGAAUUGCGGUUACGUCCUGCGACCUGCCAUCAUGCGAGAGCAGGUGUCUUAUUUCAGUGCCAACACAAAAGAUUCAGUGCCUGGUGUAUCUCCCCAACUCUUACAUAUUAAAAUAAUCAGCGGACAAAAUUUCCCGAAGCCCAAAGGCUCGGGUGCCAAGGGAGACGUGGUCGACCCUUACGUUUACGUGGAAAUCCAUGGCAUUCCCGCCGACUGUGCUGAGCAAAGGACUAAGACGGUCAAUCAGAAUGGGGACAACCCGCUGUUUGACGAAAGCUUUGAGUUCCAGAUCAACCUUCCUGAGCUUGCCAUGGUGCGCUUCGUGGUGCUGGACGAUGACUAUAUUGGCGAUGAGUUCAUCGGCCAGUACACCAUCCCCUUCGAAUGCCUGCAGCCGGGUUUCCGCCACGUCCCGCUGCAGUCGCUCACUGGCGAGGUCCUGCCGCACACCCUGCUUUUUGUUCAUGUAGCCAUCACGAACCGGAGAGGCGGCGGAAAGCCCCACAAGCGAGGCCUGUCUGUGCGCAAGGGCAAGAGGAGCAGGGAGUAUGCCAGCAUGAGGGUGUUGCUUGUCAAGGCCCUGGACGAUGUUUUCAAGACAGCCAUGUUACCGCUGAGAGAGGCCACAGACCUCAGAGAAAAUAUGCAGAAUGCCAUUGUGUCCUUUAAAGAGCUGUGUGGCCUUUCUGCCGUGGCCAAUCUCAAGCAGUGCAUUCUGGCCCUCUCCCCUCGACUUAGCGCACCAGACAGUGGGCCUCUUUUGCUCUUCAACCUGGCUGACCACUAUCCUGUCAUGGAGCCCCAAGGUCUGCUGCCAGAGGUCCUCAAGAAAGUGGUCACGACCUAUGACUUGGUGAUCCAGACCAGCAAGACUCUCCUGGAGAACUCCGACGGGAUCUACGAGAGGAUCCUGCAGACCCAAAAAUCUGCCAUGCAAUUCCAUCAGAAUCUCCACGAUUUGGCAGUGAAGGAAGGUCUGAAGGGCCGCAAGCUUCACAAGGCGGUGGAGAGCUUCACGUGGAACAUCACCAUUCUCAAGGGUCAGGCAGACCUCCUGAAACACGCCCGGAGCGAAGUGCAGGAGAACUUGAAGCAGAUCCAUUACGCUGCGUUGACGUGCGACCUAGGUAAAGGCAGACCGCCGGGCGGAUCGUCCGACUCCAAAAGCAGCCACCGCAGCCUGGAGGCCAUUCCCGAGAAGGCCACGGGCGAGGACGAGCUCACAGAUGACGAUGACGAAGACGACAACUGA